AUGAGAACGAUUGAGUGUGGACCAGCUUGGUUCGAAACCGGCAUUGUCGGGGUGCUGGCGGGUGCCACGGUAGGACAAGCUUCAAGUUCGCAGGCGGGCCCGACAAUUGCUUUCAGCCCGUGGUCUCGGGAUAUUUGGUUGCGUAGUGUUGGUAAGGAGGUUUUUCCCUUCAUGAGGAAGAACGAGAACAGGCCGAAGAAAGUUCUCGAGUGGUUUCAACAUUGCUGCACUCCACAAGAUGUUCCCGCAGGUCCCUGGGCCGGUGGACCUUUCCUGACCCGGCGACUGUUGGAGGAGUAUGAACAGCGACAGGCAGGUCUGCCGGCGAUGCAAUGGCUGCAUCGUGGCGUUCCGGAGGGCCUGUCACAUGGGGAUCAUGCACGCGACAUGUUUUAUAAGCUAUUUUGCCGGAGCCAGUUACAAUUUAUCCACGCUCACUUCAGAGACUAUUCGUUUCAAUCCAGUAAAGUUUCUGAUUUGUUUCCGGAGGGGAUUGACUGUGGAGGUCGUCGCAGCAGGUCGGCUCCUGGCAUCGUCCAUAGUGCCUACUGCGUUGCGAGCCGAAAACAUCUGUCGCCCGAGCAAUCCCUGCGGAAUCUCGCAGUUAUGGCCCGCUGGUAUCCGUUAGCCGCGUUUGAGAGCGCUCGGGCGGCUGACCUUCUGCAACAGGGGUCGCUGUUCACAAUUGAUGGAUACAUUCCUGAUAUCUCAGUCCGUGGGAAACGGCUUCAGCAAGUGGCAACGCUGUGGCUUGGUGGAGACCCCCAGGCGCAACCAGACACGGUGACAGAGAGUGUGUCGGCUGAUUUAGCGGAGUGCUUACAAUACAUUGGCAAGCUCACCAACGACAAGCUACUCGGAGAAACGCAUAGUGGCCACCCCUACUCCAUGCAUCACAAUGACGUGGAUACUAUCAAAGCACGCUACAAGGAACUCAUUCAGACGACCCGGCUGUUCGGGGGCCAAAGCCGAUGUGAGCUGCUGGAUGACCGUUACAGCAAUGCGUACGGGUGCUGGAGGGGCAAGGAGCAAGUGCUAUCUGCUUAUUUCCCUGCGUCUGGAACUUCAGCUAGGGAGGCUUGGUCUGGAGGAGUAGUUCCUGAAUUCCCAGUGGUCCACGAUGUUAAAAUCAAUAGCAUAGCUGAUUACCAAAACUACGAACUGCGCCAAUGGGCGUGGAUGGAGGAGCUACUGGUUCGCACUGUGGCAGACAAGCUCAUCUCUGUUCGUGUCGCCAGCACUGGUGAAACCCGUGAAGACAUUGCCGCCGCCAUACAGGGACCCCAGCCAUUUACUGUUGCUAUCUCCACGGAAGAGUUGGCCAGAAUUUAUUUUGCCGCUACUCGCGAGGUGGUAAAGCAAGCGACUGAAGAACAAGCUGAUGAUUAUGCCAGCAGGGUGGGUCUGGCUCUCAUCACUACCGCGUACGAUCUGUCCAAAGUCAUGAAUGCCGCCUGA